AUCAACAAAGCCCCCCUCCCUCUCUCUCUAUUUGCCUUGGUCCUCCCCUUACCUUACGUUCUCUUUCGCCCUCUUUCUCUCAGGCUGUCUAUCUCUCUCUCUCUCUAGGGUUUUCAUUCGCGAUUUUGAUUUUCAAUCUGGUUUCAGCUCAAGCGAUCUGGAGUUGUACUUUGCAUCAUAAGGCAGCUUAGCUGGCACAUUACAAUUACAUAAUCACGCGAGUGAAUGGUUGGCAUCGAAAGGGAGAAAAAGAUCCAAGAAUUGUAACCAACACGUGUCACCCAACUAUUGGUCCUUCAUCAAGAACGAAUCAAAUCGUUUCCAACACAAAUUCCCAAAAAAAUUCUACGCAUCCAUGCUGUCAGAGAGCAUGCGUGGAAUCCGUGUUUUGGGUGAUGCCCCUGACAAAAUUAGUUGCUGAUGCACUUGGUGUGGUCACAAUAUCACUAGUCACCAUCUCAUCACUCAUUGGUACACUUUGCAUCCUCUACUCCUUUUACUUCCGUUCCCACAUUCGCACCCAAGGGUAUAAUCGUCUCAAAUAUUUCUCUGGUCCGUGGGUCAUCCGUAUCAUCUUCAUCUUCUUCACAAUCUGGUGGGGCCUCGGUGAAAUCCUCCGCCUUGAUUUCAUCCGCCAAGAAGGGCGUUUACUCAACACCCUUAACCUAAAAUGGCAAGACAUUAUCUGCAAAUGUUACAUAGUAUCAAACCUAGGAUUCUCCGAACCGUGUCUCUUCCUAACCCUAGUUUUUCUCCUUCGCGCAUCCUUACAAAAAACCGAAUCCGGUCCCUUGAGCCAAAAUUGGAACUUCAAAACAACAAUUUACAUUCUCUUAUUUUGUUUCCCGAUUCUUGCCCUUCAAACGCUCGUUGUCAUAUUCGGGCAUCAUUAUGAGACGGGUGACCGCGGUUACUUUUUCAAAAUUACAUCCCCGCCCUCCUCGCGUUGCUACUACCCGUUAACGAGCACUACCCUUCUUGGUCUUUUCGCAACUUUGUUAAACAUGUACUUGUUUUAUCUAGGAAGGAAAAUCUUAAACUUAGUGAUAAGCAAAGGGUUGAGAAAGCGUGUGUUCAUAUUGAUAAUCACAGUGUCAAGUUUCUUUCCUUUGCGCGUUGUGUUACUAGGUUUAUCGGUUUUGUCAAAACCGGGGGACACUUUGUUUGAGAUUCUCGCGUUCUUGGCUUUUUUGUCGAUUUUAUGUUGUGCUGAGGUGGCGGUUUGUGUGCUUGUUUAUUAUCCGAUUGCGGACUCAUUGGAAUUGAAGAAUUUGCAAGAUAUAGAAGAUAGGAGAAGGAUUAUUGAAGAAUAUAAUGAUACCCUUUCGUUGAUUGCUAACCAAAGUCCUGUUAGUGGAGGGGCAGAUUCGGGAAAACAAGGGUCGAUUUCGUUUCGGAUGAAUGAGAGAGGAGAGGAAGGGGGUUCAGGGGCGUUUGUGGAAUUAAGUUUGUUUUCGCCUAGUCAGCGGUCGAGUCCCGUGGGGUCACCAAGGUUAUUGGGGUGGCCUAUGUUGCCUCCUUCUUCGGGAGGUUGAGUGGGAAAAAAAAAGGGUUUAAAUUUUGUGGGAAUGGUGGAUAGUUUGUAAAGGGGUUAGACUUAAUAAGUAUUGCUGUUUUUUAAUUUUCUUUUUUGUUUUUUCUUUUUUGUGUUUGGGAUUUUGAGAUAUGUUGGAUUGGCUGGGAGAUCCACCUUGUUUUUUUUGGUGGAAAUUAUGAUAUGUGUAUCUCAAUGAUAUUCUGCUGUUACUUUUAUAAAAUCCUUGUAAAAUUUCAUCCA